UUCAACUACAGAAAUACAAGUUGGGCCCAUGAGACUGACACAAUACCCAAUUCAGGUUUUGCUCAUCUUUGCAAAAGAAGACAACCAAAGCAAUGGUUUCUGGUGGGCUUGUGACAGAGCUGGAUACAGGUGCAAUAUUGCCUGGACUCCUGAGUCAGCACUUGAAUGUUUUCUUGAUAAGCACCAGGAAAUAAUUGUUAUAGAUCACAGGAACUCCAGAUAUUUUGAUGCAGAAGAUAUCUGCAGGUCUAUUCGUGCUGUAGAGCCAUCAGAGCAUACUGUAAUACUUGCUGUGGUUCCACGCAUAUCUGCUGACCAAGAAGAGACCUCUGUUCUUCCCCUUCUUGAUGCAGGCUUUGAUAGGCAAUUCAUGGAGAACAGCAGUGUGACUGCUUGUUACAAUGAACUGGUUCAAAUAGAACAUGGGGAAGUGCGAUCUCAGUUCAAAUUACGAGCUUGUAAUGCAGUGUUUACGGCAUUAGACCAUUGUCAGGAAGCUGUAGAAAUAACCAGUGAAGAUCAUGUCAUUCAGUAUGUUAACCCAGCCUUUGAACAGAUGAUGGGAUACUGCAAGGGAGAGCUUAUUGGCAAGGAACUUACUGAAUUACCUAAAAGCGAUAAAAACUGUGCAGAUCUUUUAGACAACAUAAACACAUUCAUUAAAAAAGGAAAGGAAUGGCAAGGAGUUUACUACGCAAGAAGAAAAUCAGGAGACAGUAUCCAGCAGCAUGUGAAGAUAACACCUGUGAUAGGACAAGGAGGGAAAAUAAGACACUUUGUGUCCCUCAAAAGGCUGCAUUGUACCAACGAAAACAACAAACAGGUCUACAAGAGUCACCAUGAAGAGAAGUACACAGGAGACAAUUCUCAAUCAGAAUCCAAUUCCUACAAAUGCAAGAACAGAAGGAAAGACUCAGUUGAUGUUAAGUCAAUAACAUCUCAAAGUAGUGAUGCAGCUCCAAGUUUACAGACCCGACGAUACUCUUCAAUGGCAAGGAUUCACUCAAUGACCAUAGAAGCUCCUAUCACAAAGGUUAUUAACAUAAUUAAUGCUGCCCAGGAAAACAGCCCCAUCACAGUAGCAGAGGCCUUGGACAGAGUUCUGGAAAUCCUGCGGACAACAGAGCUUUACUCCCCUCAGCUAGGUACCAAAGAUGAAGAUCCUCACACAAGUGAUCUUGUUGGAGGUCUGAUGACUGAUGGCUUGAGAAGACUGUCAGGAAAUGAGUAUGUGUUUUCUAAGAAUGUGAACCUGAGCCACAGUCACCUUCCAGUGCCAAACACCAUCAAUGAUGUUCCACCCUGUAUUGCACAGCUCCUAGAUAAUGAGGAAACCUGGGACUUCAAUAUUUUUGAGUUGGAGGCUGUUACAAAUAAAAGGCCAUUAGUGUAUUUGGGCUUAAAAGUUUUUGCCCGGUUUGGGGUCUCUGAGUUUUUAAACUGCUCAGAAGUAACGCUGCGGGCAUGGCUGCAGGUCAUUGAAGCCAACUACCAUUCCUCCAACUCCUACCACAACUCCACACACGCAGCAGAUGUCCUGCAUGCUACCGCCUUCUUCCUUGGCAAGGAGAGAGUUAAGGGAAGUCUGGACCAUUUAGAUGAGGUAGCUGCAUUAAUAGCUGCCACCAUUCAUGAUGUAGACCACCCUGGACGGACCAACUCUUUCCUGUGCAAUGCAGGCAGUGAAUUAGCUGUCCUUUACAAUGAUACAGCUGUAUUAGAGAGUCAUCACACAGCACUGGCGUUUCAGCUUACAACUAAAGACAGCAAAUGCAACAUUUUCAAGAAUAUUGAUAGAAAUCGCUAUCGGACACUGCGCCAGGCCAUUAUCGAUAUGGUUUUGGCAACAGAGAUGACGAAGCACUUUGAGCAUGUGAACAAAUUUGUGAACAGUAUCAACAAGCCUAUGGCACCUGAGGAGACCAGCCCACACAGUGAAGGCAGCGACACUGAAUGUACAGCCAAUAUAAAGAAUUUUCCAGACAACCAGACACUGAUCAAGCGCAUGAUGAUUAAAUGUGCAGAUGUAGCAAAUCCAUGUCGCCCUCUAGAGCUAUGUAUUGAAUGGGCAGGGAGGAUUUCAGAGGAGUAUUUCGCACAGACUGAUGAAGAGAAGAGACAGGGUCUGCCUGUUGUAAUGCCAGUAUUUGACAGAAACACCUGCAGCAUCCCCAAGUCUCAGAUUUCCUUCAUUGAUUAUUUUAUAACAGAUAUGUUUGAUGCAUGGGAUGCAUUUGCACAUCUCCCUGUUUUGAUGCAACACUUGGCUAAUAACUAUAAACACUGGAAAACGCUGGAUGAUUUAAAGUGCAAGAGUCUGAGGCUUCCAUCAGAAAACAACAACUGACACAAAAUCAAAAAAAAGACCUCUUGCUCUACCAGUUUCACUGUGAAUCACUUGCGGACUCUUGGCUACAAAGGGGAUGAUAUUACCUUUCCAGUGGAUUAAGACUACGUAACAAGAAGGAAAUAUUUCACGUAUAAUUUUUAAGCUUCUCUGAAUUCUACAGAAAAAUGUUUUUCAAUGAGGCUAUAUAAUCCACAGAUGACUAAGUGCUCUUUGGAAAUAAUAUUUUGUGGCAGCAAAUGUACUUCUGAAACUAAUUUCUAAUACUGAAUAUGCACUUGUUGAAUCUUGUAGUUGAUACAACUGUAUUCACUAACACUUCACACAACUAUUUCUCAGACAGAGGGGCAAUGUAGUCACCAGGAGAGUGAGAACAGCCUGACAAAUAAGCAUAAAAAUUUCCCACUUAUCUCAUAUAAAUUUGUUCCAAUUCUAUCAAUGUUCUUCAGCUCUCUGAACCAUACUUCUAAAAAGAACAUGCACAGUAGAACAAUAAAACCUCAAUAAACGGAUAUAGUAAAAAACCCAAAGCUGGCACCUUUUAAAUCAACCUUCUUAUUAUUACAGAGAUUCUCUCUCAGAGCACCACCUGUUCUUUCUUUUCCAUAUAAAAUCUUGGUAGGAGUCAACGUCCCCUAAAACUGAUCAUAUAAUGAAGGAAAAUAAGCAUGUUCUGUAUAGCUGGUGCCGUCCCCAUGGUUCUCUGCCAUCUUACAGACAUUAUCAUGCAAGAUUUCAUCACAUUUUACAUGAAAACUAUUGUGGCACUUGAUCACCAUCCUUUUUUUAUAAAGUGGAGUUUGUAUGCAUGGUCAUCACUUUUAUUAAACUGAUCUGAAUUUUAUGAUAUGUUCAAUAUUGUGCUACUUACUUCUAGGAUGAACCUGUUGCUUUUUAAAAAAAUUUCCAGGUUAUAAUUUAUAACAGCAUUACAAUUUUUACUGCUUUAUCCUCCUAAUAAAAUGAUGUUUUGUUUUGUGAUGUAAAAAGUACUUCAAAAUAUGUAAAUAAGUUAGAAAUCAAACAUAGUUUUUCAUUAGUUUUAAGAUAUUAAAUUUAUGCUAAGGCUUUCAAAGCACAAAUGCAUAUUUUUGUACAUCUCAUUUUAAUCACAGGCAGAACAUGAGUUCAAAUUUUAGAUUAUUCUCGGAUUAUUCAGUUAAUAAAUACGAGCAGAACUGCUGAUUUUUAACACUGUGCACUCCAGGCUUCAGGCAAGACUGUCAAAGCUGUGGCUGCAGUUGAAGAAGCAGUCCACUCCCCCUACGCUGUAUUAAGAAUCAAACUGGAUAAAGAAAAAAAAAAAAGGCAAACAGCAUUGAGACUCCUGUGGUAACAUAGUGACAAUGCUGUUUACUGCAGGUAGCUUACAAAAUGUGCCAACCUUUUUUGUAUGUUUUGUACCAAGUUCUGAAACAAAAGGAAACAUUCAUAAAAUGUAUGUGCAGAGAAAUGUAUAUAAGCUAUAUUUUUGUUAGAAUUGUAACAGAUCCUUACUUUUGUCAUAGCUAAGGCAGGUUGCUGUGUAUUAAAAUGCUGCGUUGUGUAUACUUGAAGAACUGUGUUUCUGGUGAAGCGUGUUUCUUCAUUCUUUCCUAUUAUCUAUGGCAACAUUCUUCAAUGGAUUUUUAUUCAGAUUAGUUGAACGUCUGUUUUCUAAUACUGUAAACUGUUUGCUUUUUCCAUUUCUUUAUUUAGAACUAGUGCUCUCGGUGGUUGUACCUUAACUAUUCUGAUAACUGAAUGCUCACUGCAGCUUGCAUUAGAGAAAAGAAUUUCCUAAGAUUCAAAGCUUAAUUUGUUAAAUAGAGCAACACUGUAAGACCACAUCCAUGUAAAACAUUUCAAUUCAUAAUUUUUGUCACACUUCUGUCACAAGAAAAAAAAUGUGAACAGUGGAAGGAAUCUAAAAAAUAAAGUUCAACUUGUGAAAAAGAA